AUGAACACUCUUUCAUCAUACAAACACGACUACGGUCCAUUACCAAGUGAGGUUUCAUCAGCUAUCAAGCCUAUUUAUGAAGAACUCAGCAAAGAAGAGCUCUUGGAGAGAUGUGCUGGUGGCUUUACGCAAAACAAUACUGAAAGUUUAAACCAGUUAAUUUGGAAAAUUACUUCAAAAAUACUUCCUGCUGGUUCAAAAAUAGUAGAGAUUGCUGCUUUUGUCGCUGCUGGCACUUUCAACGAAGGAGUCUUAGAUUUGUUGCUUUUUAUGCAUGGCAUGGACUUGAUGCUUGCCCGAAACAGUCACGAGUAUGCCUGA